AUGUGGUACUCAGCGGCAACUACAAUAAUUGCAAUAGCCUUGGCUGAUUGUAUGCUGUCAAUAACAGCAUGUAAAAUUAAAGUUAAAAUGCAAUCGAAAACAGAUAAACCAUUUCAAAUGCAAAUUUAUGUGCCAGCCAUUAAAAUGAAGACCCAACGAGUGACAUUCAAACACAAAAAUGAAAUUCGUACCGUUUUGAUCAAAGGUGAAAAUUGUGAUGAGAAACAUUGGAUCAUUAAAACGUGGAAAGAAGUAGAUAAGAAAUGGAUUCCAGCGAAAGAAACGAAAGCAAAAUUUGAAGGACAUGGUUCCUUUGGGUUAUUUGUGGCAGAUGACCUGUGGCCAAAAAUAAUGAAUCGCUUCGCUGUUAUAUGUUCAGAGGGUAAUUGCUAG